CGGCGGUCCGAAGCCGCGCGGGGCCCGUGCCAUGUGUGGCGCGCGGCUCCGCCUCCCGCCGGUCCUCUGAGGCGGUGGCCUCGGGGAACGCGGAGAGCCAGACAGGCGCCUAUCCUGGCUGUACGGUGCGGUGGCCAGGCCUUUUUCUCUAGUUCGGACCAUCUGGAUGGGGCUCUCCGGGCCCCGCCCCGUCUGGCCUGGCCCGGCCUGCUCGAAUCCCGAAAGCUCUCCAGGCAGGCUAGCAGGCGGACACCAACCCCACGUCCCGCCACCCGCCUGCGAAGAUCCGGGGAUGGGCAGCGCCACCCGGCUCACUCCAGAGCCAGCAUGGGUCUCAGUGACGCUCCAGAAUGGGAGACAAGCCAAUUUGGGAGCAGAUUGGAUCCAGCUUCAUUCAACAUUACUACCAGUUAUUUGAUAAUGACAGAACCCAACUAGGAGCAAUUUAUAUUGACGCAUCAUGCCUUACGUGGGAAGGACAGCAGUUCCAGGGGAAAGCUGCCAUUGUGGAGAAGUUGUCUAGCCUUCCGUUCCAGAAAAUCCAGCACAGCAUCACGGCGCAGGACCAUCAGCCCACGCCAGAUAGCUGCAUCAUCAGCAUGGUUGUGGGCCAGCUAAAGGCUGAUGAAGACCCUAUCAUGGGGUUCCACCAGAUGUUCCUAUUAAAGAACAUCAACGACGCUUGGGUUUGCACCAAUGACAUGUUCAGGCUUGCCCUGCACAACUUCGGCUGACCUCCUCCUGGCCAGGCACUCAUGCUGUUUCCUCCUCCCUCCUCUUCCCAAUACUAUCACACUCCUCCAGAUGCUCCAAAUAUCAUACACAAAUGAGCAGGGCCACAGUGGGAGUGGGCGCAGUGCGCUGCUGCCACCAAGGUUUUGUGCAUGAUGUUUGGACACUAGACUAGAUGCAUCUGACAGGAGAAGUUUGUGUUGUACCAGCGCAUGCCUUGGAAAGACUAAGUAAUGCAAAAGGUUGUCUUUUUUUUUUUUUUUUUUUUUUCUUUUUUUUAAUCUACUGACAAGUUGCUCUAGUAACCCAAAGACGUGAAGGAGAAAGCAGCUGCCUCACCGCCCAGAUAUUGAUUUGUUCAGAUGUUUCAAUGCCUCAUGAUACAAUAAAACCACGAAAAUUUUCUUAACAGUUUAAAUUGUUUUAAUUAGUUUAAUAGUUGAUUAGGCAUCAAUAACUACCCUGUUCCAUUGUCUCUCAUACCUCACCCUCCCACCUCUGCCCUAACUCAGCAAUACCUGCUGCAAGGAGAAUAGGGGCAGAAGCACACUCCUAGCUAGCUUCUCUCAAGUCCUGUGGGCCAGAGUUCUCCACAGCCUAACUGGUCUUAGGAAAGCAAACAGAGAUUGGGGUCUGACCUGAAGCUUCUCUUGUACUGAAGCCUGUGCCAUGAGUUCUGACACUUGUGACCUCUGCCUUAGGUAGGUUCAGGGCUCCAGUAGCAGGAGAGGAUCCUGAAUCCUGUUGCUGAAGAGAUCUUUGCACAGAUAAUCCACCAGGUUCAAGCCUUCGAGGCUGAGGUCUCAAGAAAAAUGACAGGGAACUUUUUGGUCACCAGAAUGGUCAGGAUCACAUCCAGGGUGCUCCAUAUCCCACAAGCCAAGCAAAGGGCAGCCCAGAUCCUGUACCACCUGCUUGGGAUAUCAUUGCCCACAGAACUAGGCCCUACUGGGUUGGAGUAUAGAUUUGGAGCAAUGGAAGAAGUCAGUCUGAGCAUGAGGGAUUCAUAUUCUAUCAGUUCUCAGACCUCUUGAGCAUUUCCUGUCCGCCCCCUGUCAUAAACACUCCACACCUUCAAAUCCUAUGAAGUCAAUUAUUUGGACAGUUUCUGCUCCUCAGUUUUGGGGGCAGAGGUCUUGCCCAGUACAAAUCCAACCGCUCCGCCUGACACCUGCCUAGUGAAUACCUAGUUUAGCAAAGUAGUAACUGCAGACUAGAACCAAACCCAGAAUUUUGGGCUAAUUCGGUCAGAGGUCUUAGGAUUGGAAAGGGCACCCCAGCUCAGGCUGAUCUGUAAAGGCCUAACUUUCCCCUCUCCCCCUCUAUGGGGGAAAGUAGGAUUUUUUCAGACCCCUCAGGUUUCCUGGUUAAACUGGGCACAGGGCUGGAUGUGCUGUUCGGGAAGACAGUAUAUCCAGAUUUCAGUGGGACUGGUCUCCAGCUGCUGUGUAUUUGGGGGAGUUUGGGUGGGGGAGAGGUAGAUGCCUGCUGCCUCUUAAACCACCCUGUAUAAAACCUGCAAUACAGCUUCUUCCAUGUAUCUGUACCUGAAAUGUCUGCAAUAAAAAGAGGUGUU